GUUUUCUGUCAUCCGAAUCGUUAAAUAACCAAAAUACACCAUGCUCAAGUGGUUAAGCUUGUCGCGGACACGGCCUCUUCAGGCGGUACGAUGGUACACGGACGUUUCCAAUGUUUCAACGGGUGUGCAACAACCAGAAGUGCCCGCUGCGGCCGCCGGUACACCCGAUAAGCUGUACAGCCGGCUCGAGCUACAAAUGAAAGGAAUCGAUCCGGAGGUCAUGAAAAGCUAUGCCACCUUUGCAAAAACGGCAGCAGAACAUUUGGACAUCGAAGUUGGCAAGCACUGGGCUCUUCGAAAAGCAGUGAAAGACCGGUUAACGCUUCUAAAGUCGGUACAUAUUUAUAAGAAGCAUCGCGUGCAGUACGAGAUCCGCAAUUACUACCGAUUUAUGCACUUUCAUAAGCUGACCGGCUCCACGUUGGACACUUUCCUCGAGUAUAUCGAACGGAAUUUGCCGGAAGGUAUAGCGCUCAAGGUGACGAAGGUUGAGCUGCAGGAGCUACCGGAGCAUUUACGGAAGUAGAAUGUAUACAGAAGGUAGAAUAAAUUAGUUUGUACC